AUGAGGCGCCGAACAAGAUGUGGACAAGAAAAUAAUAGGGUUCCCCCAACACUGCGCUCUGCUGUGCUUGGUACAUCAGAGAGAGAGAAAGAGAUCAAAGGCCGAAUGCCGAAGAAAGGUGAGGGGCAAGUCAAGGCGUGGGGGAAGGAUAGGCAGAGAGUGAACAGUGCUGCUGCUGUUGUUGUUGCCGCUGCUGCUGAUGAUGAUGAUAGACGUGAACAGCAACAACAGGCAACAGGCAACAGGCAACAGGCGGUGAGGAAGUGCCGGGGCGGUAGGGCGAUGCGCAGCCAGCGGAUGACUUGCUUGGGGCGCGGUAAUAGGCUAAGUAAGAACGGGGCCAAGCCGCAGGGGAUGCGUGGGGUGAAACACAACCUCCAUAAGAAACCCAACGAACAAACAUCGAUUUCCUCGCAUCGGGCAGCAAGGGAGAAAAUCACCCGCCCCGCCAGCCAAUAUGCAUGCAGGCUUCGCGUCCGACUGAGAAACAAAAAUAGUUCAGAUGACAGCCGACGCUGA